GCCACUUGUGGCCGUCGGCCAGCGGUCGUUGUUUAAAGGGCGUGCUGCUGUCGUUACCGUUGCGCUCGGCGACUUUUCGACUCCCGUUCGCGUUUUCACGUCCUACGUCGUGUGCGCCGCAUCUUUGUCGUCGCGUGCACGUUCGGAAAACGAGGACGCACGGCUCGGGGAGAAAAAUCGAGGAGAGUGACGGACGUCGCGUCGCGUCGCGUCGCGUCUCGAUUAUUUAUUUCUCCUGGAAUCCUACGUACGGAGUCCUGCGGAGAGCCGAAUCGCGACGGGCGCAAUGAGAUUUAAAGGGAUCGAUUUGUCAACAAGUCGAUGAGAGAGUGCGCGCACAGUUCCGGCACACAUUACGACGGAUUCUCGCCUCGCUCGGAUACUUUUAUCACCGUUUCCGUCGCGCGCGUCUCUCGCGAAUGCUCCGAUUUGCGUGCACUUGUCGUUUUAUUGUACAUCGUUUCGUUUUUUAUUACAGAUUGAUAAAACACGUAGCGUUCGUAAUAUUCUGCCCGUGAAUAUCCUCUCGAUAUUGUGUCCGUUUUUGUGGAAAAAAUAUCCGUUUUUACCGCGAUAUAAAAAAGCCAUGUAUAUUGCGACAAAGAGACGCGAUAACGAUAAAUCCAGCUCGCGAGCCGUAUCGCAAUUAUUAAAAUCCACAAUGGCAGUUAGGUAGUUGUGGAAAUUAAAACUGGACAUUCGUGAAUUUCGAGUAUAUUUAUUUAUUUUGAAGAUGUAAAGAAAAAAACAGUCAUAAUGAAGCCACAGAAGAAGGCUGUUGUUGCCAGAAAGGCAACUAAAAUGCCAACAGUCGCCAAGAAACGUCGCACAUUUAUAGAGAAGACCAUGUCCGAUGUGAGGAAGGAGAAGAAAUCAAAGAAAAAUGACAAAAUGGGAGAUCCAAAGAAGAAGAUAGACAAUGAUAAGAAGAAAUUAGAAAAAGUGGAAGAUAGGAAAAAGUUUGAUGACAAGAAGAAGAUGGAAGAAAAACGAAAGGAACGAUCCGAUAAGCCAGAUGAAAAGAAAAAACAAUUGAUCAAAGAUUAUGAGAAGAAAUCUGACAAAAUUGAUGAAAGAAAAAUAGAGAAAGGAGAUGAUAAAACAAAUAACGAAGAAAUAAAUCAAGAGACUGUGGAUAAGAAAAAAUUAUCAAAAUGUGAAGAGAAAGCGAAAUUAGAGAAGCAAUUUGUUGAUAAUAAAAAGAAGGUUGAAAAAACGGAGGAAAAGAAGAAGAAUAUAAAAUUCGACGAUAAUACAAAUAUGGAGGAUAAUGUGAAAUCUUUAAAUACAAUGGAAAAUAAAGAUGCAUUUGAAGAUAAGAUCGAUGCCCUCCCUUCACUUACUAAAAAAAGAAGCAAAGAUGAGAAGAAAAAAGAUGGCAAACUGGUUAAAUCCGAUGCUAAGACAAUAUCGAAAAAUUCUACCGCGAAAGAUAAAAAAUCUGAUCGAAAGAAAAUUUCCGAGAAGGAUGCGGCGAGCAAUAAACUUUCUUCUGCUAAAACAAAGAAAGAUUCGAAAACGAAACAAAGUCAGAAGAAAAGUAUUACAAGAAAAACAGUUCUGACAAAGAAGCCUCAUUUAUCGAUAGUUAAAAGAUUGGUGGAUAAAAAAAUUAAGUUAGUCAAACCAAUUAAAAGCGAAGAAAUGAGUGAAGAUGAGGAUGCGGUUAAAAAAGCAAAGAAGAAAAAUAGUAACAUUGCCAAGAACAAAAUUUUACAAGAAAAAAAACCAAAGUUGGCCAAACACAUGAAAGCCAAAUUGCCUCAAAAACAUUCAAAAAUCAGUGUCUUAAAAAGGGAAGAUAAAUUGAAAGCUAUAACAGAGAAAAUUAUGGCAAGAAAGAAAAUUGAAUUGAAAGAAUCUGAGGAAACUGAACAUAAAAAGGUUGCAAGCAAAGAUGAAGCCUCUCAAGGGCCAGAAGUAAGUAGCAUUAAAAGUGAAAUCGUAGAGGAUUCAGAUAAAAGGAAAGAAGAGAGUUUUCCAGCAAAAAUACAGGAUAAUAAGAAGGCUAUCAAAAGUGGUAACAAAAUUAGUAGCAAGACUCCGAAAAAGGCAGGGAAAACAAUAAAGGUACAAACGGAGAGCAAUAAUCAAACAUCAGCUUCAUCUGAAGAUGUAUCUUCCGAGGAAUCUAAUAAACACAUUAAAGUCUCCGAAGAUAACGUAAAGUCUGCGAAACAGGAACAAAUCGGCGCCGAGAACACGGUUGAAUUAGAUUUAAAAGUCGAAGCGAUGAAUGGAGAGAGUGCUAGUGGCAUUACAUCUCAAUCUGACUCGGAGGACGAUUUUGACGAUGAAUAUAAGAAAAGUAAGCAAAAGGAUGCCAAGAAUAAAGAUCGAGCCAACUCACCGUCGGACGAACGUACGCGAGGAAUGCGACUUUUUGGCUUUUGGAGUAAACCAAAACCACCCAGGGUCGCGUCAUUGAAUGCCUUGGCUAAAGUUCACUGCCUCUACGAAAAUGAGACCGGCGGAGUCUAUCUUGGAGGUUUCUGCAAGUCGAAACCCGAGAAGGAAAAAGAAAAGCCGAAGAAAAUGAAGGAGGAGAAGGAGGAGCAGCCGCGUAAGGAGAAGGAGAAGAAAGUCGAAUGCAAAACGGAGGACAACGUUUUGAAAAGAAAAUUGAGGAAUGUGCCAGGAUUGCGUGGCAAGCACUGGGAUAUGUUGGAGAGCUCGUCGUCUUCUUCUUCUUCAGAUGAAGACUGCGAGAAGGAAAAGAAUGCUGAACCAAGCAAGAAGAAAAUGACCAAAAGGAGGAAAAAAAACGAAGAAGUAAUGGAUCUGAAGGACAUGGUUGUUUGCAAGAGGAUGGCCAGUCUUAAUGCCACUGCCAUUUUGGCUGCUUCCUACUCCGAUGAGAAAAAUCUUUGUGGUAGCAGCAGCAGUGAUACCUCCAGUGAGUCGGAAGUAGAGAUAAUUAAAAGACGUAGACAAAAUGACUUGGACGUAGAUAAGAAGAAAUCCAGACAAGGCUCCGAUCCGGAGGAGGUUAUUAAGCCAUCCAAGAAAGUUGUCAUCGUUAAUCAGGACACGGACGUCACUAUCACUGGUGUUUACGUCAAUCAAACUCGAUCCACCCAUCACGAAGGUUUUUGCAGUAUUGCUGGUAUGCAGUAUAGAAUCAGUUCUACCAGUCAUACUCAAACUGCAGCUACCGCAGUGGCUACUGAGCUUCACGAUCAGCAAAAGACGGAACAGCCUUGCAAAUCCUACACGCCACUAGGUGCAUUAUCUUCUAUGCAGCCACCAGGUAGCCAGGGUAAUCAUCCUAACAUGUCACCUCGCAGGCAUUCAGCAUUCUCAGCUCCUCAUCAACACGGGUAUUAUCAGCCGGCUGGUCCACUGAUACAGCACCCACCACCACCGACCUUACCGCCCGUUAAAGGUCCACCUCCGGAACCGACGCCCACACCUCCACAAAAUUCAGAGGGUUCGGAUGAUCUGGUUGCCACUUCCACGACUUCUGGAGGCACAAGCAGUACGGGUGGCGGCUUUUAUAGGACGUAUUGCCCGCAGUACUACGGCACGCCGCCGCAAUAUCCGGAUCUGUGUUAUCCGCCGACGUAUUCUCAUCCUCACGCUCAUCCGCCGCAUUACUACAAAUAUCCGCCCACCUACAGAAGGCAAUACUAUGGCUAUCAGGAGUCAGGCGGGGGAGGUGGGCCGCCGCCGGGCAGCGGGGCCGCCGGGGGUGGCCCCGGAGUCGUUGAUUAUCAGCCACCUCCGCCACCACCCGGCGAAUAUCCGCUCCCACCUUAUUACGGGGGCUACCCUCCGCCACCUCAUCCGCCGCCACCUCCGAAUCCGGCAUAUCUGCAUUCUCAGGGAAGACCUUUCGUAGACCCCUUUCAGGGUUGCCCAUGCCCGAUGCAAUCGUGUCCAAAAAACGUGGAUACUGGGGCCCUUAUUGGUAAUGGUAAGGGAGCGCCAGUGGUAUCGGGGCCCGGUCUGUCAUUGCCACCCAGUGCUUUGGUAGGUCCGCCCUCGCCGGCGAGGGGACUAGCUGGGCUAGCUCCCCCUCACGGUGCCAAUGCCUGGGAUACGGAUCGGGUCCAAAUCAACACUCAUCGCAACCUAAAUCAGAACCAACCCCCCUCGGUCCCACCGUCGCACAAUCUAGUCGGUGGACAUAGUCGCCUUCAGAAUCAAGACUGUAGGAGUAAGGAUGAGAAAAAUUGUACCGAAGAUACGUUGAGGAAAUGCGGUUGUCAGAAUGCAUGCACGUCUACCUGCGAAGUCAAGAUGGAAACGCUAUCGCCCACCGAGAAGUUAUCGGUGGCGGCGACUUGUCCCAGCAGCAAGUCACAGUAUCACAAUUUUAAGCUGGAAAACAACAAUGUGAAAUGCGAGUCCUGCAGCAUGGAGAUCGCCGACGGGCUGCCAUGUGUCGCCAAUUGCAAUGUCGUUAAAUGCGAGUCGGAUUACAAGUGCGACAUCAUGAAGUGUGAGCAGUGCAUGAAGGAGGGCCAGAUAGCGAUACUGGAAAUGGACAAGGAUUCCGGCAUCGUGUUGGACGACAAGCUCGACGGUGAUCCCGACGUGAAGGAGGAGCUCGACGUGGUGGUGAUUGACGGCGAUGAGAAUUGGAAGAAGCCCGAUUACGAACCGACUGUGCAAGAGACCGUCGACGAUAAGGAGGAUGAAGAAGAGGAGGAGGAGGAGGAAAUCACGCAGGGACCGGUCGCGGCCGAGAUCGAGGCCGAGGUCGAGGCCGAGGAGCAGCUUAAGUGCCAAAAGGUGACGAAGAGGAAACUCUCGCUGGACAGCUUAUCGGACAGCAGGAAAAAGAGGAAACUGAGUAAGAGGGCUUUGUCGGUCGGCUCGUCUCAGGAUUCGAGCAACGAGCGAUUAUCCAAUGUCAUCGCUCCGAUCGAGCCGUUGUCGAAUAAAACCGACAGCGUCAAAGCCGAGACGAACGUUCCGAAGAAGAAGCAAGCGAAAAAAGACGCAGGACCACGGGGUCAAAAGCGUAAGGCAGAGACGCCAAGUGCGAACGAGAGUGCGACGAAGAAGGCGAAGAGCGGCAAGCAGAGCGCGGCUAAUAGCGUCAUGAAUUGUUUGAAGCGGACUGCCAGUGAUAUCUCGAUAAUGGAAACUAUCGACGAUGUGAUACAACAGAGUCUGCAGAUGACACAGAGAAAGGAUCGGAAGAAUAAAAACUGCGAACGUAUGGAGAAGAAGAAGAAAAACAUGAAAGAGGAAUCAUUACUGACGGUGAAGAGGAUCGCGAAGAAGCUCGAUCAAGUGAAGGAACAGUUUAUCGAGAAGGUAUCGAAGGCGAUCUCGAAGAACGGUGGUCAGUCUAAAAGUAAAGCUGAUGCGAAGCUGAAAUCUAAGAUUUCGCAGGACGCUAAGAUCAAGGGGGGCAAGAGCAAGGUUGCUAAAACUUUCGCAGAAACGAAAGCCCAGGAUACGAAAACCAGGGUGACGCAAGAUUCGAAAGCGAGAGAUGGCUCGAAGAAACGCGAUACCGCAUCCAAGACCAAAACGAGCGACGUCAGCGAAGAUCCGAAGAAACCUGCGCUAAUUAAGAAGAAACGGAAGAACGCGAAAAAGACGGCGAACGCCAAAAAGUCGGGCUGCAAGCUUGAGAAUUCCUCGGUCGGAAACGAGAGCCUGACGUUAACAAGAAAAACGUUCCUGAAACCGAAGUGGAACAACGGGUGGAGCUGGGAGGGGGAGCCCUUUGAAGCCAAAGUUUAUUUAACGAACGAGGAAACAGCCAUACGGCGAUGUUACGCAAGCAUGAGUCACGAGAGCGGCGACGUAUUGCGACCUCGGGACUGCGUUUUGCUGAAGAGUGGUACGCGGAAGGGCGAUUUACCAUAUGUAGCGAAGAUCGCCGCGCUCUGGGAGAAUCCGGACGACGGUGAGAUGAUGUUCUCGUUAUUGUGGUACUACAGACCUGAGCACACAGAGCAGGGUCGAACGCCGCACGACAGCGAGGACGAGGUAUUUGCUUCGCGUCAUCGGGAUGCAAAUAGCGUCGCUUGCAUAGAAGACAAAUGUUACAUCUUGACGUUCAAUGAGUAUUGUCGGUAUCGUAAAAACUUACGGAGGAUCGAAGAGGGCUUAGAGAAUCCUGGCUUGAUAGUUCCGCCAGGGGACCAAGUGUAUCCACGGGAGAAUCGGCAGCCGCCUAUACCAGUACCAUCGGACAUGGUGCUUUUCUGCCGACGUGUUUACGAUUAUCGCGGGAAGAAGCUCGUGAAGAAUCCCGGAUGACUCGAAUUCUUAUAAGAUGCAAACCGAGAAAGCUUAGAUCACACAAUUGAAACUGGCCGCAGGUCUCCUUUCAAGAAUAAUUGCGUCGCUAUUGAUCGAUUUAUCUUGAUUUCGAUGAGGUAAUAUAAACGAUAUUAACGAGAUCCGAUUGUUUUUGAAUUAUCUAGAUAUCGCGAGUACAUCUUCUACUCUUUGCACUUUUUGCGUUCUAUUUGCUAAGAGAAUAGCCUUUUGUGUGAAGAGAUUGUUUUCGGUUUUGCCCAAAAACAAUUGCGAGAAAGUGAAAAAGUAGAUGCUCGCGAGUGUUUCAACUACGAUCGGAUUUCCUUUCAUUCUUAAACGUAAAAGAAUUCUUAAAACUUGGCGUCAAGAAAGACACAUAUAACAAAAAAUGACACACACACAUACACAUUGUAAGAUUACUCUUCUCAUCGCUUGUAUUAAUCAGUCUUUCUAUUUUGCUCGUCUGCGAUAUCACAGAAAUCAUGAUGAAUCGUUCAUUAAUUCUGGUGAUAGACGUUGCAUCGAAUUUGUGCCGGUGGAUCGAGCGCGAGAAGGCGCGUCAAGCGCACUCUCGUCUGAGCCGAAACAUGUAUAGAUCAAUUACAAGUUUUGGACAAUAUUUUUUUUUCAAGAGUGGCAUUAUCCGUAUGUUCCUCUCGCGGGCGACUGCGAACCUUCGAUCGCGCCUGCGCUGUCCGCUUUCCGCCGACACGAAUGCCAAGCCAACGUAUUUCGAUAAUGUGUAUAAGCUGUUUCUAGGCGAGAGUUAGUGGGAUUUGACAAUUUUAUAGAGAGAAUAAUAUUUUUUGUGAGAUAGCAUUUUACACAACAUUUAAAUGAAUAUUUUUCACAUAGGAGGUACAAAUGCUGUGCGUUACGCCGUCACGUCAGCGUGCGUUAUGGCGCCUUAACUUGAAGGGAACCUACGAACAGUUUCAAAGAUAAGGAAUCAAAAGUGGGGACGAAAUUGCGAAAUUAUUAAGUACGAACAGUGAGAUAUAUGUUCUAUCGAACUCUCGAUUAGAUGUUUAUGAGUAUCUCGUACGAGGGGGCAUGAACAUCAAGCGCGUGUGACAUUACACUUCCAUUUUCCCAUAGUGUGUUUGCAUCUGUCUCGGGGAUGCGACUUCUCCCCGAAACCCGAUUCGCGCACAUAUGCCAUCUUCGUGAACGCAAUCAUUGUAAUGGAUAAGAUGCAUUUUUACUAACAGUGCAAACAAAAUAUUUCUUCAAGUUUAGAAGUGGCUCGAUCCCAUCCAAAAAAUUAGAUUACAUUUGUAUAUGAUGGGUCGCCAUUUAUUAUAAUAUCUUUAAAUAUCUUGUUUUAGAAUUUUAUCUUAAAGUAAAAUAUUGAGAAAUCUAUUAUUGAUGUAGGAAGAGAGAGGAGAGAGUUGUUGCGUUAGAUCUUAUGUUCCAAACUUGAAAAGCGAUAUAAGAAUAACGAUAUAAAAAAAUAUUUUUGAUGUAUUUAAUAACGUGAAGCGAGGAUCAAAGCAUUUUUGAAGAGAGAAAUUGUGGUUCGAGCCAUUUCUAAGUACAUUGUAUCUGUUCUUAUCAAGGAGAUUCUUGUUCUUUUUUUUUUGUUUUUUUUUGUUUUUAAUAUGAUGACUCCUUCCAGAAUUCUAAAGGCACAGACAUUUAAUCGCCAGGGACGUUUAUGUUUUAGACUUGUCACGCACCGCGAGUCGCUUCUACGUGCAGUUUUGAUCUAUUUUUUUACGAUUACUUUGUCUAUUUUGAUUCAUAAUGAUUUUUAAGAUUCCAUAAGAAGAGAAAACUACUAGUUGUAUAUUAUCGCCUAUAACUUAGUAUAUGUAAUCUUGAUUUAUAAAGAAUCCACAAUGUUAGCGAUUAGUCAGUACUCGCGGUAGAGAGAAAAAGAGGAAAGGAAGAGAAAGAGAAAGGAAGAAUGCCAAAAAAAACAUUCACAAAUGACGGGAAGCUUUUCGUAUGCAGAUCAUUAAUAUUAUCGUGACGUAAUAUUAAUUUACGUUAAUAAUUUUGAUAACAAAAUUUAUUACAAGAUCAUCGAUAAGUAAUUAUUUCUAAUGGGAAUUCUUCGAAUCAUGUUGAUUUUAUUUGUUGAAUAUAGAAUGCGAUUUGUUGGAAAUCAUAUUAUUUAAAAUUAAUAUAUUGAUAAUAUGGUUAUUAUUUAAUAUCUAAUAUAUUGGACAUAGAUAUUAAGUUAUUUUACGAGAGAAAAUAAUGAGGAAUAUACAAGUAGAAAAGAGCGUGCGCGCGUUAUGUAUGUAAAUGUGUGCGAAGAAAAUAAAGAAGAAAAAAAAGGAUGAGAAGGACGCGAGCACUGUCAGAUAAAUGAGCGAGUAAAUUGAAAAUAUGAUGGAAAGAUAGAAAGAAAAA